UAGAGGGGGCGUCGUCUCUACCCCAGCUGAUACCAAAGCGUCAUUUCGUUUUUCUUUCAGUCAUCAUUCAGUCACAUUCAGUUAAACUAUAAUGCACAAAAAUUUUCAUUUUUAUUUCUAUUAAUAUAUUUUAUAAUUUUACAAAUAUAUAUAUAAAAGUGAGAUAAAACCGAGAAAAAAAAAAAAAAAAAAAAAAAUUUUACCGCAUCAUCAAUUUUUAAUAACAAUAAAAAAAAUAUGAUUCCGGAUACAGAAAGUGCUUGUCAAACACCGGCAAUGACAUAUCAGUGUCCGGAAGUGUACGAUAAGUUCAAGAGUGAAACCAGUGGACCAGAAAAUGAGGCUGCCUCUGUGACCGCAUGGAAAAGAUAUCAACAUUUCCUUGCUAUUAUGAAGUCAAGAGGUGAAAAGUUCAACCGGAAGUCAAUGAUCGAGUCAAUGUUUCGAGGUGGUGAUCUUGUUUAUUUAAAUCAAUGACGAUUAACAGAAAAAAAAAAUCAUUACAUUUAUAUAGAAUUAUUUUUAAAAUAUAGAAUUUAAAAAAUAAUACUCAAUUAGAAAAAACGAGAUUUAGCUAUAGAAAUUUCAAUAUUUUUUUUUUUUUAA